CUCGGUAUCGAGGGAAAACCUUCGUUCUUCGACCGUAAUAUCAAAAAUCGCUUUGGUGAGUUGUUGGAAAGCUAAAUAAAAUCUCUAAAUAAUAAAGGAUAAGUGACAAACGGAAAACUUAAGGGGUAUCAGAUUGACAAAAUGCCAAAGAAACACCAAAUAGCUUCGCUGGAAGAAUUGGCCCUCAGGUCGGUUGGCCAAUUCGUAACUGAUGUCGGACGGCACAUCAUGCAGCCUAUUUGUAUUAUGUCAUCAACUGAUCCUGCUCAUGGUAUAGCUACUCUAAAUUCGUGGCUAGAGUGGAUAAAACUACAGUUGGUAUCCAACGUUCCGUGGUAUUUGUACGACAGAAUGUCAGUGGAAGUGUUGAAAUCGAUAUUGAAUCUCAUCACUAAAAUUAAGAACAGCUGCAAUCAGUAUUAUCGCAUAACAUCUUAUCUCUCAGAGUUGAAUGUCGUUGUGAAUCUCACCGAGGUUGUGAUACACUCAAAUUUGAAAACCAUCGAGUUUUCUGUGUGGCCUAAAAUUAUGAGACAUAUUUUUUACAAAAAUUUACACGUCAUGACAGGCUUAGAAAUAUUAGAUUUAGGGUCAGGAUCCGCGGGAUGGAAAACUUCCGGUAUAGAAAAGAUGAUCAUUCAAGGAGUAUCUGCCAUGCCUAAUUUAACAUCAUUUACGCUCUGCUUCGAUUGCACAAACAGUAUAGUAACGGCGGUUGGGCAAAAUUGUCCCAAGUUACAAAAAUUAGAUGUCACAGCUUCAAGGUCUGUCACCGAUCGUUGCCUGACGAUUUUACAAAAGUGCUGGCAGCUGCGCGAGAUCCAAUUGUUCAGAACCUCAGUUUCCAGAGCUGGUUACGCUGAGUUAUUACUAGAGCAUCCGAACUUGGAAAAUAUCGGCAGAUGCGAUGAAUUCGGAUACAUUUUAGAAUAUAUUAGAAAUACCAGUACCUACAAAAAGCCAUUCAACUUGAAGAUAUUCGAAAGCCGAGACGUCACGACAGAGCAUUUGCACCUCUUGGUAGAAAUGUGUCCAAAUUUGACUAAAGUAUCAAUCGUGCUUGACGAAUCUAUUAAUGAUCUAUUAAUUCUGUCAAGACUGAACAAUUUAACAGAGUUGAAACUUUUGUGCGGAGAUUUCUUUACAGAUAGAAUGAAAGAACUGCUUGAAACUAGGGGUGCCAAAAUAACGAGUCUUCAUUUGGAGCAUGUUAACGAAAUUGAUUUAAAUGCGCUCAUUUACAUUAGUCAAUUUUGCCCGAUGCUCAAACAUCUAGUUCUUUACAAUUGUGAGUUUGAUGAACACGCGGCAAUAGUAUCGGCUAAAUUAUUUGUUCCACCAUUCAAAUAUUUAGAGCGCAUUAAGUGUGUGGCUGACUGUGCACACCUGCAUCUUGAAUUCCUUCUUUCUCAUUGCGUAAACAUUAAAUUUAUACAAUUAGGAUCAUCGACAGGUAUCGGUGACGAUACAAUGGCCAGAGUUUUGUCUAAGAAUCCAAUGAACAAGUUGGAGGAGCUGAAAAUACUUUACAGCGACGAUCUAUCGAUGAAAACUGUAAGAUUAUUGAUGCAGAAUUGUGAUAAUUUACGACGUCUGUCGGAAUUAGAAAGUUGGCAAGGCAUUUCACUUGCAGAAUUGAACGUAUUCCAAAGUGAGCUGAGAAUAAACAACAUCGACUUGGAUAUAAGUCCGACAUUGUCGUUAGCUUAAUUAAUUAUACAAUGGGCAUUCUUCUAAGGCGGCACGAUUUUAAGAAUAAUAGCAAUAAUAGUCAUGCGCAAAAUAUCUGUGUGAAAUUCUAUUUUUAUGACAAUUUACACAAGCAUAGUGAUGAAACAUUUUUGCAAUUUUAUAAUCGCGUGCAAAAUACUUGCCUACAUGUACAAAUAUCGAUAUGCUCAAUAACAACUUCCAUUACGAACUAUAGACAUCGUUACCGGACUUUGCAGAUUGUUCCUGUUUAUUUUUUUAAUUUAUUUGUUUUCCUUUCUGUGACCUGUCAAAUCCGUCAGUAAUUUCUGCAUUAAUUAUUAUUAUUGAAAAAUUAAAGCAUAGAAAGACUCGUAUUUAGUCAGAUCUCUCAAAAAAUUUGCUGUAUUAUACCUGCUUCAAGUAUUUAUUGUAUUUGUUUACUGCAAUUAUUAGACAAGAUUACUGUGACUGUUUACGCUUAAAGUUGUUAAAGAAUUGACUGUAAUGAAUUAAGAUAGUCGAAAAGUGAAUUAAUAAUAAUUUUACAACGUGAAUAAUUUGUAAUUUAUAUAAACUCGCUUGUAAUCAGUUGAGGCACAGAUAGUUUGGUCUGAAUCGCUGUGACAGUCUUUUUUUUCAAUAGAUUUCAAGAAAAGUAACAAAAUGAUUGUCGGAAAUACCUCUGUCUGGUAUUGAAGUUUCUCACAAAAAUUCUUUUGUGUAAAAAUAAAUUGGGCAAAGCAUUUCGCAUUUUUUCACAGCAAAUUUUUAUUACUCCAGAUUACUUAGUCACUUGAGUGAUCGAAAAGACGUCGAAAAAAAUUCUGUGAAUAAUUAGGGCACUUGUCUAAAAACUGUUAGUUGUCCAGAAAUGGAAAUUUCAGACAGAGAUUUCCGUCCAGAAAAUAUAUGCACUGGUGCAAGAAUGUUGUACAGACAGCUAUUGUUGAUGUUGAAACUAAUUUCAAUUACCGAUUCCUUACACAAUUUGGUUGAAUUAAUAGUUGGUUUUUCUUACAGGCUAGUAAUGAACGAGUAAAAAAAUGUUACGAAUGAAAAUAAUUACAAAAAUUACUAAUUAAUGUAGUAAACCCUCAAUGAUGUAGUUUUUGUUCAUGAAUGUUUGAACUAUUUGAAAAGGAAGCUUUAAACAAAUAUGUCUCAGAUCUAAAGUUUGAAUAACGGAGCACAAGCUUUUAUAAAAAUGUACACAUAAUAUUAAUCAAUAUUAAUAUUAAUAGGUGACUAGCAUUGUAGUAUGUGUCCGUAAUGAUAGAAUAAUAACACUUUUGUGACUCUACCAAAAUUGCUGAAAUGAAUUUUAAUUGUACCAUAUAUCCAUAUAUACAUGUAUUUAAUAUUCAUGUGGACUAAAUUAAAUGUUGAAAACUGUGAAGAAUGUAAAGAAAAAGAAAACGGGAUUGGAGUUGAUUUAAAUUACUUAGCAAUGAUAAAAUAAUUGAGUUUUCUCUAUGACUGCUACUUAUGUACUAGUCAUAUUGAUACUACGAAUAAAUAAUUAAGUACUGAUUAAGUGCCUCAUAUUUUUUAUAUUUUGUUUAAUUGACGUUUCUCUCGGUUGGGAAUGUUGGCAACUUUUAUAUUACUGUAAUCUUUGUUGAUCGAUACAAUGUACCGUUCUAAUACAAUGGAGAAUAUACUAUAAAUUUUUAAUCAUUGCUA